AUGACAUUAGAAAAGUACAACAUUAAUGAUAAAGAUACAAUUGAAGGAGUCGCGGACGCCUACUGUUACGCUUGUAGCGCAGAGGAAGACAAGGACAGUGCAACCUACUAUAAUCUUUGCCACUUUCUGUAUUUUUGGAUAGGAAAUUUAAUAAAAAAUCAGUUGGGUACUCAUAAACUUAAUGACGUUAUUCAAGCAUUUUAUGAUAAUCUGGCAAGUGAACAAUGUAAUAAUAUGUGUACUAAGAAUAUAUAUCCCCAAAUCGAUAAAAACAUAUUUGAGAAAACAAAAGAAAUAUUCAAUUACUCUUAUAAUUAUAAGACUUUAAAGGGGAACUCAAAGGAUAAGAUACCCUUAUGUAAUGAUGAAUGUACCACAUAUAUACAAGAAGUUAAGGCAGCAUAUUCGAAUAUACAAAGUAGUUGCAGUGUACUUAAUAGUGGGGAUACAUUUUGUGAUGAAUUUAAGAAUGAAUAUAAAAAAUAUUUUGAUGAAGAGGGGCAAAAACCGAAAUUGCCAUGUGAAGAAGUGUCCGAGGUGGAGCCCGAAGACGAGGAUGAAUCCGACACAGAUGAAAUGGAAGAUCCCUCUUGUGGAUUAGGAGUCACCAAGCAGGAUGUCCCAACAGAUAAGGAUGAACGUUUGAAGAAUUUACCUUCGAAGGUUAUGUAUGGUAGAUUCAAAGGGGGUAAGGAUUAUUGCAUCUAUCCCAACUUCCCUACCGAAAACAUAAAGAAUAAAUUGCAGAGAACCCUUAGUGAUGUAGAGCAUGCAGAAACAAUUGCAAAUGGCCUGUGUUACGUAUCUACAAAGAAAUGGGAAAAUGAGUGCGAUGAUACGCACUGUGAUCCCUUGUAUUUUUGGAUUGGGGACAAAUUAUUCAAUGAAUUAGAGAAGGACAAUUUAUUUUCGAAUGUUAUGAGUACAAUCGAAACAGAAUUGGGAACCAUUCCUGAUAAACAUAAGUGUAAAUUUAUGGACACCGAUAUCGACCAGAACCUUUUCAAUAGGAGGAAGAAAAUACACGAUUACACCCUGAACCAUGAGAAAAUAGAGUUACAAUUGAAGGAUCGUGGGACUAGUAGUUCCUCAUGUGAUCCAAAAUAUAAUAGUUACAUGGGUGAUAUUGUUACAGCCUACAAUUAUGUAAGUGCUAAUUGUAAGCAGAAUAAUUACAGAGGCGAAUAUUGUCAACAAUUUAGGAGCAAGUAUAGGGAAAAUAGUAGUUGGAAACUGUCAGGAACAAAAUGUGCAUUAGAACCAGAAGAAAAAACAACAACAACAGCAAGCAGCAUAGAAAAUGGACAAUCCUGUGGAAUAGAGGAAUUACAGGGGGGUGAAAAAUUAGGAGCUGCUCCUGUCGCUGUCUCCUCUGUACUUAGUGUGACAGCAAUUCCAACAGUUCUUUUCUUUUUAUAUAAGUAUAAUCUUCUACCUUCUUGGAUAAGGAGCAACACCCUCUUUGGAGGGGACGGUCACAACAGCACAAAUAACAAUAGAAAUAAAAGAAGUUCCGUCCGAAGGGACCUCGACACUCUGAUAGAGGACAUGUCCAAAACAACAACAGACGACGAUUCCACAAUAGGAGGUUCCACAUUAGGUCACUCCACAUUCUAUUCAACGGAUGAUUCUACUUUAUAUAAUAAUGAACGACACAGGGACGGAGGAAGGAAUAUCCAUGGUCACCGGAAUGUAGCUUACCAUCGUAUGUGA